CUCCGUAAAUAAUAACUAAAAGGCUUGUAUCAAAUAUCCUAUAUUUAUUCUGAAAAUCUUGUUGUCAAGAGUGACAGAUGAUAGUGACAAUGACAAAAAGCAGUUGUGUUAGUUUCUCACUGUAAACAUUGGGAUAACCUAGGAUAAUUUAGAAAAUACUGCAUUAAUUAAAGGAUAGAACUUGUUAUUAUAUAAUAUACUGUGUUAAAAUAAAUCGCUAAAAAUGUCUCUGGAAGACAGUAAAAUCGACAUAAUAAAGAGACGAAAAGAAGCUACAUUCAUAGCCGACGGUUUAGAUAACAAUGCUUCCGCGGAUAAAAUAAUUGAAUAUUUAGAAGACAAUCAAAAGAAGAAAAACAAGAUUUAUUCAUUGUACAGUCAAACAGUGAGACAAAGACGUACCACGGCGGGAAAGUAUCGUGAUAACAAGCAUUUCCUACUUGUUGGGCAUCCAUUGAACGUGUUCAGUGAUGACUGGGAUGGAGGACUAAAGUCUGGGUACUUUGAAACAUUCUCACACAACAGCAUGUUACCAAAGAUGAUAUCCAUAAUUAAAAACAUUGACAAAAAAGACCCAGUCACUGAGUAUAUGAAGAAGAAAAUGAUCUGGCAGGAUACUUUGGUUGACUAUAAAAGGAUUAUGCGUCUGAUGAGUAGAAAACGUAAAUAUGAAUGGAUUAAUGAGGAAGUGUUACAUUGUCCGAAGCAACUUGUUGAGAUUGCAGCUCAUUAUGAAAAUAACCCGGAUCCUUACUUUGAGAGCAGCUACAAUUGGUACUAUGCUGGUCAUGGCAACAUGUUGCUGAUCACUCUGCAUGGUAUUGAUUAUCUGGUGCACAGUGAAUUUAAUUGCUUGUAUAUUACUCUUUUCCUGAAAUAUAAUUUGUUAAUUGAAUACGAUACAGCAGUCACUUUCGACUGUGGACCUGACCUCAACAUACUUGAAACUAUAGCAUCACAAAAUAUAAUAGCACUGAGAACUAAACAUAAAAUAUUUAUAUUGAAAAUAUUAGACAAUGACGGCGCCAUACAGAUAGAAAAACUGAAAGAAAUGGACUCAACAUUACCAUUCACGGGAAUAUCUUUUGAUGAAUAUCACAAAAAUAUUUUGUAUGUUACCACUCUAGACUACAAAUUGACUAUUGUAAACAUAGAUCGAAUGAAUGGACGAAGUAGGCAACUGCGAGGCAAUGUAAGCAGUUUGGUCGACAACUGGAGCACAGUAAUUGGUUCCGAAAGGGGGUACUUUACACAUGUAGCGAAACAUGCCAUUACUCUAUACGACAAAAGGACUAAUGCUGCUUUUCAAAGGUGGAAAAAUAUUAGGAAUAUCACGGACGAUGUAGCAUGUAACGACAUCAGUGUUGCGAGCCAUGCCACGGACAAGCGCCUACUGUACUUCGGAACUGAUCACCAUCUAUUUCUAAUGGAUUUACGAUACAACAAGAAAGAGAAAAAUAAGCUAAAAGUUGUUCAAAGAUGGACGCACGGCAUGCAGUGUUUACCCACUUACAUGACUGUCCAGAAGUUUGACUAUAACAGAGAGCUUAUUUGUAUGAGCAGCCAGUGGUGCGAAGAUUUAUGUGUAGUUAGUAACCACGCAGACAGGUUGACCAGGCACACAGACAUCAGCAGUGUAGCCAUGCCAUACCGGCCACCCAGCGUGCUACAAGCGCUAAGUGAAGCUAAGGAAAAAAUACUCUGCUGUGAUCUCAAUAAUCCAAUAGAAGAUAGAUUAUGUACCUCAAUCACUGGACUGUCAGUAUUAGAACAAGAUGACAAAUAUCAUCUGCUCAUGUUAAACUCGCUAGGCGACGUGUCGUGUCACACUCUGUGCCCGCAAUAUAUGACUGCUUUUUUUGAAGACACGAGUGCAGACAUUCUCAGUGAGUGGUGUAAAACUUAUAAACGGGAACCAAAAAACUUGGAGGUAUCGUCCAUAGAAGAUAUUAGAAAUAUUUGGAAAAAGCUAAAGAGGAUACCUGAUGAAUACAAACUGGGUGAAAAUAAGUUUAUUAAAAAAGAAAGUAAGUUCACUGAAAAAGAAAUUUACGACGCAUUCGAAAACGGGGAACUCGAAACAGGACUCUUGGAUAUUUGGACUAGGAACCCGUCGGAGGAAACUAAGAACGAAUCCUCCUUCAGUUUAUUUUUUGGUAACGAUGAUGAAUAAAACAAAUUUAUUCUUUAUAAACAACUAUAUUUCCUACCUAUAUGACUGAGUUUUUACAAACAACCUCGCACACAUCAAAUCAACAUACAAACAUAUACACAUUAAAAUUAAUUCAUAAACAUGGCGCGACGUAGUUUGGAACUUCAGCUACAUAGUAAGGACAAACUAGUAGCGUACAGUUGGAAGCUACGUCGUUGUAACAAGUUGGGAAGUAUCAACCAUUCAUACUAACAAUUUGUGUUACACCAAGCAAAGUCUACUUACAAUGCAUGUAAAUGCAAAGUUGUUAAAGCUUAGCUUUUUUUACAAUGUUUUAAUAGCGUCAGUAGGUUUCCCGCAGAGGUAUUCAUUCAGUCUUCGGGUACUUCGUUGAAAACUGAAAAAAUAAACAAAUCGUUGAUAUCUCCCAACUAGAGGACUAUUUAAAAAACUCUAGGAAUAAUUAGUUUACUGAAAUUAUACCAUAAAGAGUUUAUUUGGGUUUAGAACGAAAUGAUAAAACACGUCAAUAAAUAACAUUUUGAGCUAGGCUUAACAAUAAACAAAUUUAAAAAUAGCUAAAAGAAAGUUAUUUUAUAACUAACAAACCAAUUUUACAUGAACAAAUACUUUUAGGAAACAAAACAGAACACAAUACAUUAUUAUUUAAAUAGUGAACACAUCUGAAUAAUUUUACAAUUUCAUCAAAUUACGUGUAAUAUUAUAAUAACAAUAAAUGAGUGACAUUACACUGGCAUCGAUUCUUUUGUGCGAAUAGAGUACAAUAUUUCCAUCAACCUAGACACUAAUGUCAAUUCAGAAAAUAGAAUAAAAAAAAACUAAAUUUGUUUUUUAUUAUAACUUUCGUGAGACAUUUAAAUUAAUUAAUGAUUAUUCGCGCAACAAACAGACGUCGCGCACCCGACUCAUUUGAAAAUAUGAGCCCUAAGCAUGGUUUGAAACUAGACGAGUUAUCUCGACAAACAAUUAUAUGUGACAAGGCAGUGAAAUGCAAUCAAUAAAAAAUAUUUGCUCUUAACAUAGGGAUCAUGAAAUGGUGUGGAGAUACAGAUUAAGCAAAUGCACAAGAAAAUCGAAGCCUCGGUAGAUAUCUUUAUUUCCAAGAUAAAUUUAAAAAGUUAACCAAAGAACAUUGUAGAUUAAUUAAUACUCGAAUACUAAUUAUAGUAAUGACUUGAAUACUUAGUAAAUUAAGAUCUUUGAUUAGUUUGUGGAUAGCAACAACGAUAUUUAGCCAAAUAUAGGUUACUGGAAGCACAUAACAAUAUUUUUUUUUAAUGUUUCAACAUCAACAGAAUUAUUAUAACAGAGAUUUUAAAGAGCAUUUCGUUUACGCACCUCUUUGCACACUAGAUUUAGUUCACAUUAACACGGAAUUAGCGGAGUUGAUGCUUUAGGUAAAAAGAGAUUGAAUGUAGGCGGCAAGGUUUCUUUUUAAGUACCCAUUUUGCACUAAAUAUUUUUAUAAUAAUUAUGUUAUAGAUUUGAUUUGAACUAAUCAAAUUCGUAAAACUAUGGCAGUGUGAAAACUAGCUUAGUUGUAAAUGAUAUUAAAUAAUUUGGAAUUUGGUUAAAUAAUAAGUACUUGUUUCCACUUUUGCUUGCAUCAGAUAAGUAUAUUUUUAUCCAAUGACCAAAACCAGUUACCCACCCUUACAGUCCCCGGCACGUAACUUGGCAAGAGCCGUUAAAUGCGCAGAAGUCAUAUUUUGGGUGCCUCUGAUACGCAAGCGGGGCGCGGGGUGUGAGACAACGUCGACCCGAGUGCGCAUUUGGUGCGUCAGUAGACCCUUUUUUUGUGAGGGGAAAAUCAUCAAAUGUCUUCUCCUACCCAGAGUAGGGCGGAAAGAGUCGUCCCCCCCCCGUUCCUUCUCCUGCUCUGGGCAGAGGUCGCGGUACCUCAUUGCGCUUACCCCGCAACCCGCCUUUUUAGUGGCCACGUCCCGUUCACUCCCCCACACUUGCGAGCACUAAAGUUGAACUCUUUGUUUUUGUGAAGUCUUGGUUACGACAUUUAAAGCUGAAGCUAAAUCGGGGAUUAUUAAGACAACAUGAAUUUUGAAAAUUAUACGAAGUGGCUCCGCACCCAGCUAAUACCAAACCUGCCACCAAAUUCAGUAUUAAUUUUACCACGACAACCAGUUCGAUCCAGCCGAAUAGAAUGCCAAGAAAGCCGCAAGCAAAGUUGGUUGGCAGAAAGGGCAUAGCUUUUGAAGAAACUAUUUUUAAACCCCAACUGUACAAAUUGAUUAUGUUACACAAAAAUCAAUACAAAAAGAUUGACUUGACCGAAUACUGGCAGAACACAAUCAGGACCUAAAUCCAAUAGAAAUGGCACGGGCGGCAAUCAAAGGCUACGUAGCCAGAAAAAAUACGAAAUGGAAUGAGUUUCAUGUAUAAUGGACCUAAUUAAGGAGAAAGUGGCACUAAUGGGCGCCGAGAAAUGGUCCAAAUUGUGCCAAAAAGUAAAAAACACAGAAGCAGAGUACAUCAAAAGUGACCACAUUGUAGACACAAUCACUGAAAAUAUUCUUUUUUACAUCAGUGACGACAGCGACCCCUCCAGCGAUGAGAGCUACUUGCACGAAAGUUUUGUCGAUAUCAAGAGCCACGUCCUUCCACUUGCUCCGGUAGCACUUUAAAUUUAAUUCCAGGCAUAGGAUAUUUAUGUGACAGUGACAGUUAUUUUUUAAAAAAAAAAUAUUUUUAAAUGAAUUUAUGUAUUUUAUUUAUAACACCUAAUAAAUAUCACGAAUUUUUUUCCUUCCUUUUAAACAUAAAUUGAAAAUAAAUUAAGGUAAUAAUCACAAAAAUUACAAGCACUAAAAGGGACCAUUUUUUGGGACAUGCGUGAAUUUGCUCCCACUAUGCCAAAUUCUUGCCAAGUUAUGUGCCGGCUACUGUACCAGUUUAACCACCUUGAAAGAUAGAUAUAAGCCAGAUUUACACAACGCCAUAGUUAUGAACUGAGCAUCUUUUUGCUUUUUAUUAUAUUAUUUUAAGGAAAAAUCCCAACCAACAAACAACACAUCGUUUAUUCUACGUAUAUUAGGAUACCUAUACAAUGACCAUCAUAACUGUUACAUUUACGAUUUACUAACAUACCUAUAGCAGGAGUUAGCGCCUGGUGAAGGUCCGUAACCAGCUCCUGGUGAGAGGCUGGUCAGGCCCCUUGUUCUCACGUUCCUUCUCCUCCAGCUGUUCCAUCAACUUGCGCUGGUUCUCGCGGAAGGCGGCGAUGGGGUCAUCGAACUGACUGUAGUAUGUCAAUACUUCACGCACGUCAAUUACGUCGGACAUUGCUAUCG